GAGCGGCGGCAGGGACAGGGAGGCGAUGUGGAAGCGGAGCCUGGUGGUUUCCGCCCCGGGGAAGGUGAUCCUGCACGGCGAGCAUGCCGUGGUGCACGGGAAGGUGGCUCUGGCGACUGCCCUGGACUUGCGAACUUUCCUUCGGAUGACUCCGCGCCAGGAUGGGAAGCUCUCCCUGCAGUUGCCUAACCUCGGGAGCAGAUCGAGCUGGGAGGCUGCUGAGCUCCAGCCCCUGCUGGCAGCGCUUUCAGCUGAACUACCUGAAGCGCAGCCGCCCAGCGCUGAACAAGUGGAGAAGCUGAAAACAUUUGCAGGGGGCGAUAACGGACACGAAGCAGUCCAGAGUGUAGCUGCUGCAGCCUUUCUUUAUUUGUACUUAACUGUGGCAUCUAAAUAUGGGGUUCUGCCAUCUGUCGACAUCUUGGUCUGGUCUGAGCUGCCCACCGGCGCUGGGUUAGGCUCCAGCGCAGCGUAUUCGGUCUGCCUGGCAGGGGCCUUGCUUUCUGGAUGCGGCGCCAUCAGCUAUCCUCUGCAGGAAGGCCAAGAAGUAGCUAGAUGGACCGAGGAGGAGCUGGACAUGAUCAACAGGUUGGCCUUCCGAGGAGAGCAAGUGAUCCACGGGAAUCCUUCUGGAGUGGACAAUGCUGUGAGCACAUGGGGUGGAGCCUUGAGGUAUAUUUCAGGAAAACUCUCUGCACUGAAAAGGGUGCCCACUUUACGGAUUUUACUGACUAACACUAAAGUUCCACGCAGCACCAAGAUCCUGGUUGCCGGGGUUAAAGACAAGCUCCUGAAGUUUCCCACUAUCAUGGAGCCGAUGCUCACUUCCAUAGACGCAAUUUCUCGGGAAUGCGAAGGUAUUCUUGAGGCAAUGACUGAAGAGCCAUUGCAAGAACACUACUCCAGGCUGGAGGACUUGGUGGACAUCAACCAGCAUCUCCUCAAUGGCAUCGGGGUCGGCCACUCCCUGCUGGACCGCGUCUGCCAGGUCACUUCCUCCCAUGGGCUGCAUAGCAAACUGACCGGGGCUGGGGGAGGCGGUUGCGCCAUCACUUUGCUGAGACCAGGCACCGCUCCUUCGGCAGUGGAAGGCGCCAUCCGAGACCUGACCCUCUGCGGGUUUGAGUGCUGGGAGACGGUCAUUGGGGCGCCUGGCGUGAGCGCACACAGCCUGCCGGGCCUGAAAGUGGAAGCGCAGAAGGCUUUGACGGGCAGCUGACGGUGGCCAUGAAGACCGAGUCUUCCUCCGCCUGGGACCUGCCUUGACUUGGAGGGGACAUC